CACUCGUCAUCUCCAUAAUUCAUCACUUCAUCUUCUUACUUUACUUUACUUUUCUAUUCCUGCCAUAAAGAUCCAUUCAUAUCUGCAUAUUUUUAAGAAUUAUGGUGUUUGGAAAAAGAAGAGUGGAAGAGGUUUCAAAUGAGGAUCAAGAUGACAUAACUGACAUACAAGAGGAUUCAGGCGAAGAGCAAAUUGAACAAUCUCAUACUCAGGCUCAUCCAAUUGAAACGUCAGAUUCAAAAUCAAAGCCAUUGCUCAAUGAAGUUAUUAGUGGUGCAGCAAAGGGGAAAAAUCCAGGUGGUUCAAAGUCAUGGACAUGCAAGCACUGUAUGGGUCAAUUUACUAGUUCAUAUACUAGGAUUCACCAUCAUUUCUUUGGUGGUCCACCUGGCUCGAAGUCACAAAUCAAACGUUGCCAAGCUUUGCUGAAGAAUCGGGAUGAAUAUGAACGAGUGAGAAGGAGAGUUCAAGAAGCAGAGAAGUCAGGGGUGUCCUUGUCCUUGAAAAAUUCUACCAUUACUAAAAGACAAAAACCAUUGCCUGUCAAGUCCAUUGAAGAUUCUUUCAACAUGAUGGAGAGAGAAGUGGUAGAUUUGAAAAUUAUAAAGGGGUUGUGCGCCAAUGGGAUUCCUUUCAACGUGCUACGAAAUCCUCACUUUUGUGAGAUGGUGACGGCAAUAAACAGAGGACCUAAGGGUUACAAGCCUCCUUCAUUUGAGAGGGCAAGAACAACACUGUUAGAUGAGUGCAAAAGGAGUGUUGAGAAGGAUCUAGUUGUAAUCAAAGACACCUGGUACAAUCAAGGUGUGUCAAUCGUAUCAGAUGGAUGGUCUAAUGUGAAGCACAAGCCCCUAAUUAAUAUAAUUGCAGCAAACAGCCGUGGAGCUAUGUUCAUGUAUGCCAAUGACUUCUCUGGGAUUGAAAAAACAGGUAAUGCUAUUGCUCAAUUUCUGCUCAAGGCAAUUGAAGAAGUGGGUCCGUCAAAUGUUCUUCAAGUUGUCACUGAUAAUGCUGCUAAUUGCAAAGCUGCGGGAAAAGAGGUAGAAAAAAUCCACAAACACAUUUUCUGGUCACCUUGUGUUGUUCACACGCUGAACUUGGUUUUUAAGGAUUUUGCUAAUACAUUUGACUGGUUGAGGGAUACUUAUAUAAGGGGAAAAAAUAUUGUUAAGUAUUUUAUCAAUCAUACUCAUGCCUUGUCAAUUUUUAGAGGUCAAUCAAAAUUAGAGUUGUUGAAAGUGGCAAAGACAAGAUUUGCCUCGCAUUACAUAUUGUUGAAAAGGCUGGUUGAUUGUAGAGAGGCUCUAGCUACCACCAUUGUGCUUAGAACAUGGAAGGAGUGGGUGAAACAAGGAGAUGAGCACGCAAGAAAAAUGGGUGCUUUAGUUGCUGAAACUAUUGGUAGUGAAGACUUUUGGGAUGAGGUUGAAGACAUAAUUAGUAUCACAAAACCCAUAUAUUAUAUGAUUAAGUUUUCUGAUGGUGAAGGUCCAAAGAUGGGGGAGAUUUAUGAAAGAAUGGAUAGUAUGCUUGGACAAAUAAAAGAUAAAAUGAGGAAUAACAAACAUGCUGGUUGUUAUCCUCAAAUAGAGAGUAUUGUGUUAGCAAGGUGGGAAAAGAUGAAUAUUCCUAUGCAUUGUCUUGGUUUUGCACUUACUCCAAGAUUUUAUGAUCCACGUUACCUUGAAACACCAGCUCCUGGAGGAAUUGCAAGAAGGGCUCCAAAUGUUGAUAAGGAAGUUGUUAUGGGUGUCAUGGAAGCUUUUGAAAAGAUAGCUGAAAAUGCCGCAGAAAAUAAACUAUUGCGUGAACAGUUUGCAACAUUUCACAUGAGGAAAGGUAUUUAUGCAAUGGCAGCAGCUCAACUUGAUGCAGUGACAAUGGAUGCUAUUGAUUGGUGGUCUACAUAUGGGUCUGAAACUCCAGAAUUGGCUGAAGUGGCAAAAAAAGUAUUAUCUCAACCAAUUAGCAGUUCCUCUGCCGAAAGAAAUUGGAGUACAUAUUCCUACAUUCAUAAUGUGAAGAGAAAUCGAUUGAAUGGGACAAGGGCUGAUAAGUUGGUUUUUAUUCAUUCCAAUAUUCGUCUUCAGUCACGUUUCUCUGACAAUUAUAAAGAAGGACCAUACAAGAAAUGGGAUGUUGAUCCAGAUAAUACAUGUUUAGAAGAAUCUUCUGUGAGAUUAGAAGAGAUGAAAUGGGCUUCCUUAGAUAAAGUGUAUGAUUCAACUGAGCCAUUGUAGUUUCAUUAGCUUUACUUUGUUAGUUGUUUCAUGGAGGUUCAGAGUUAGUAAUUAAGUGAGCUGUAAUCUCUCUUCUUUUUAUUUGAAUUAUUUGUUGUUUUUUCAAUUCCAAUACUUAUAUAGUUAUAUUUCAUUCAAUAUUUAAUGGUGAUCCGAACAACUAUUUAAACCGUACCACGUUCCCAACUAGCGUACCAAUUAAGUAUACCCCCCAGUGUACCACAAAUCAAUCAAGUGGCGUACCCCGUACCC